GUCAAAUUUAUCUAAAGUCACUUCAAAAUUUAGGAAAAUUUACCGUCUAUCAGGGCCUGUGUGAGAGUCAUGCUCUCGCUGAAUGCCACUUGUACUACAGCGUUCUUGGUCAUUGUCCGUGCCUGAACGUCGAGGCGGCUGAACCUCUCUCUUCGUCGGUUUCUGAGAUUGUACAGCAAUCCGACAGGGCUCGGGAUUAUUUAUCUUCAAACCAAUCAUUAUACGCGAACCGAAGUACAUCGAAUAGCCCUGUUAUCUCGAGAAAGCUUGCUGCAACCCAGCAACUCAUCGCACGUCCUGUUGCUGAAUUCGGCCAAGCCGACCACUAGUUUACUACAUUUGCCGUACGAACCUGUUCCAUCCCUUAUCCACCAAAACCAGCAUGACUGAAUCAGACUCAACAAUCUUGGCCCCAGCUCCGCUCUCACAGUUCACCAAAUUCCCUGAACUGCCAACGGAACUCCGCCUGAAGAUUUGGGGGUAUGCAGCAACGACUCAGCGCCUUCUAGAGUUGCAGUACUGCAUAGUUGACCGCAAGUUUUUCUCUUUCCAGAAACUGCCGGCUAUUCUACAUACCUCUCAGGAAUCUCGGGCUGUAGGAUUGUGUUACUAUCACUUCUCCUUUGGCACCGAUAAGCACCCGCCGGGCACCUACUUUAACGCAGUUGACGACAUCCUCUACUUCGGCUCUGAGCAAUACGAUGACGAGAUCGAAUAUAUGGUGCGGUAUUUCGACAAGCAGAGUAAUUUGCUUGAACCUCGCGACCAGAUCCAGAAUAUUGCUUUAGCAGAAUACCUCUGGCGACGAGACUUAGCGUACAGCCCAUUUGCUACUUGGAGAGGGAACUGGAGCAUUCAGAAAUUCGCCCGGACCUUCCCCCAUCUCAAGCAAUUGAUCUGCGUGAAGGGGCGCAAGGUACCAUUCAAUGGGGAAGAAGUAGACGGGGAGCUUCUUCUAGGCUCUCGAAAUUAUGCUGGGCCCUCGCUACUCAACUCUAUAAGUGGCUACGAAUUACUGCGGAAUCCGAACUUGGCUCUAGAAGCUGUUAUAUCGGCAUUCCGGGUUGGAAAACAGGAAACCCCUGAAAGACGGUACCCUGAAGUGGCUGUCAUGGAGCUCCGGUAUUCGUGAGGGCGUUUUAAUGGAAUGGCGGAAUUGGUAACCUAAAUUGGAUGAAGACGGGGUCUCGUAGGCCUAUUGCUGCAAUCGUUGUGGUUUCAUUUUGGGCAAAAUGCCGACGUAUUCAAUGAAAAUCGUGAACUUUGGUCUCCCAAG